AUGACAGGUUCUGGUUCUCCUUGUGGAGCUUGCAAGUUCUUGAGAAGAAAAUGUAUGAGAGGUUGUGUUUUUGCACCUUAUUUCUGUCAUGAACUAGGUGCUCAACAUUUUUCAGCAAUCCACAAAGUUUUUGGUGCAAGCAAUGUCUCAAAGUUGCUUGCCCACCUUCCUGUAAGUGAUCGUUGUGAAGCCGCAGUUACAAUCUCAUAUGAAGCUCAAGCUAGGCUUCAAGAUCCCAUUUAUGGCUGUGUUUCUCACAUUUUUGCUCUUCAACAACAGGUUGUCAAUCUUCAGGCACAACUGGCUUCUCUCAAGGAACAAGCAUCUCAAAGCUUUCAAAAUGGCUCUGCCACCGCAAACCCUAAUGACAAGUACCAUGGAAAACAUUCUUAUCCACAAGAAAUGCAAAGCUGGUUCCAAUCAGAGAAUUCAAGCACAGUGCCGCAAUUGAAUCCAAAUAACCUCAGCAGUAGCAUGCCCUACUGUGGAAAUGGGAUCAUGGAUCCAAACUCCUUGGGAAAUUAUGGAAAUUCAUCAAGUUCAUUUGAUAGCUUUGAAGAGGCUUCUCAUUCCAUGUCAUCCUUUGACGUGCAAACAGACAACCGGCAAUGGACUUAUCAAGAUGCCGAUGAUCUUCAGUCAAUGGCCUUUGGCUAUAUGCAACAUUCAUGA